CUUGCGAGAUUCGAUGGGGAUUGCCAAGGUUGAUGUGUUCCUGAGAGAACAAAGUGUUAAUGCAUGACGGUACUUUUUGAAAUCAUAAAAUACAACAUCAAAAGCUAUCUUAUUGGAAGUUGAGCUUGUGUAGACGGUAGACACCUCAUACUUCGGGCUAAAAUAUGCUGCCCCACACUGUUUGUGCCGUGAAGCUAUGACCAUCUCGAUGUCUGGACCUGUUGGAAUCCAUCGCCGAGCAUCAAACGUCAAACGUGAAACACCCUUGGCACCACCCGAUAAAAACAGCCUCGGUCCUCUUUCCGCCAUUCCAUCACCUUGAAAAUUAGCUCGUCCGCUCUAGAAGGAUUCGCCGAAUCCGCCAAUCAACCACAGUGAUCCACCAACCAACGCUCUAAUCAGGCCACAUCGGGCACCACGCAAGAGCGAAUCAACCGCACGUACAACACCUCGCCAACAUGUCAAAUCCAUCACCUCCCAACCCGGAGAUCCUCCCACCACCACCACACCCCUCAACUAUGAAAGCCUGGCUCUACUCAUCGACCUCGGGCGGCCUAGAGAACAACCUCUACCUCGACCCAACCGCUCGCGCACCCCCGGCCCCGCAAGGCUCUCAAGUCCUCAUCCAAGUCCUCGCCGCAUCCAUAAACCCAGCAGACUACAAGGUCCCCGAACUCGGACUUCCCGCCCGCCUGUACAUCGGCACACCCGCGUCCCCAGGCAUGGACUUCUGCGGCCGGGUCGUCACGACGGGGCCCCUGGCGCGGCAUUUCCGUGAGGGCGAGCUCGUUUGCGGGGCUGCGGCGCAUCCUAUCAAGUUCGGGUCGUUGGCGGAGUAUACGCUCGUGACGGCGGAUCAGAUUGCGGUUGUGCCCGAGGGGGUCAAGCUUGAUUCUGCGGCUACGGUGGGAAUUGCGGGACAGACUGCGUUGCAGAGUUUGGAGGGGUAUGUGACCGCCGGUGAUAGGUUGUUGAUUAAUGGGGCCUCGGGCGGGUGUGGGACGUUUGCGAUUCAAAUUGCCAAGCAGAUGGGGUGUCGUGUUACUGCGAUUUGUUCGACGCGGAAUAUGGAGCUUUGCUUGCGGUUAGGUGCGGAUGAGGUUUUUGAUUAUACGGCGGAGAAGGAUCUUGUGGGUACGUUGAAGACGAGGGGGGUUGUAUUUGAUCAUAUUCUUGAUCAUAUCGGGACGCCGGCGGAGAUGUACUACCAGUGUCAUCAUUUCUUGAAGGAGGGGGGUGUAUUUGUGCAGGUUGGGGCAUCGAGUAUGACGACGCAGGCUGGGCGAUUGGCGUGGCCGGCGUUUUUGGGGGGUGGGAGGAGGAGGUAUGUCGUGUUGAUGUAUAAGCCUGUUCAAAGGCAUUUGGUGCAGUUGGGAGAGUGGUUGCAAGAAGGCACGGUCAAGGUGCCGGUGGAUAGUGUGUUUGAGUUUGAUGAAGUGGUGAAGGCCUUUGAGAAGCUCCGCUCGGGACGGACAAGGGGGAAGAUUGUGGUGCAUGUUGGAAAGGACAAGGGGAAUAACUACGAGCCAUUUGGAAUUGGGAUGUAAUAUUUUGAAGCCAAAAUCUCUAUUUCUAGAGUUUUCAUUUUCAAUUGUAGAUUUUACACCUCGAGGGGUAUUUCCUCCGAACUACAAUUUUAUCAUCAAGUUCAUUAUUAUAUUUAAUGAUAG